GUGGGUUCUGCUUCCGUUUCCGCCCUGAAGACACGUGAAGGUCGGUGGGUUGUUGCUGCUGGCGGGCUCGCGGUUGUGCGCGGGGCCAGGUCGGCAUGGAUUCCUCUUCGUCCGUUGCGGGGCUGGGUUCCGUGGACCCGCAGCUGCAGCAUUUCAUCGAGGUGGAGACUCAGAAGCAGCGUUUUCAGCAGUUGGUGCACCAAAUGACUGAACUGUGCUGGGAAAAGUGCAUGGACAAGCCUGGGCCCAAGUUGGACAGCCGAGCUGAAACCUGUUUCGUGAACUGCGUGGAGCGAUUUAUUGACACGAGCCAGUUCAUCCUGAAUCGAUUGGAGCAGACACAGAAGUCGAGACCAGCCUUCUCAGAAAGCUUGUCUGACUGAUCUCAGCGCAACUCUCUCUGUUCCAUUUUCUAAAGAACUUUAUAGUUCAAGAAAAGAAGAACUGUGAUGGUUGUGAAAGAAAAAGCUGUGGAGGGAUUGACUUACAUCUUUUAUCCCAGCCUGUGGGAUGUUCUGUCAUUUGAAUGAGCAAAGAACAGUUUUGUGAGUUUGGGAGUUGUGUUGUGUUUUGUUUAAAAAUGCCAGUUUUGUGAAAAUUUUGGACAGUUGAAUGGAAGACUACUAGAUACACUUAAACUGUAUACCAGGCUAUGUUCUUAAUGUUCCAUUGGCUUCUUUAUAGGUGUUCAAACUGGGACCAUAUAGGUAGACUCCCUCGUCUGUACCUGUUACUUUUAAACCUGUGGGAGGGUGGGGUUAAGAUAACACAUCUUUGUGUCUAACAGCAGGAGGGGAGAAGCCAUUUGGUACUGCAGUUUCAGGCCUCCUUAUCCAUUUUGGGCAGAUCUGUAACACAAUGCCCGGGACUGUACACCUCACUUCCAAUGGUAUCCAUCUUCCUCCUUUACUGUGACUUAUUUUAAAUACCUAUAUACAAUAGGUCUCAGUAGACAAUGCUGAGAGGCUAGAGGCCUUUGGAUCCAGAGAAAUCUAGUUUAAUGAUCUAGUGAACGUAACUUUUGCCUCCCUCUUGGCAGUCUCAAAAUGAGAAUAAUUUGCCCUGAGUUUCAGGGUAUUAAGUAAUGAAAGAUGUGCCUGAAUCUAUUGUAAAGGUUUAAACCAGCCGCCACCCCAGCUAGCCAUAGUUUCAGGUAGAGGGGCAUACUUCAUGUAUUGAUUCAUUGUUCCAUUUAUUGCAAAUCUUCUGAUUACUGAAAUAAAAACCUUUGCCUCAGGUUGACAUGGUA